AAAAUUUCAUGGAGAUUUGCAAACAGUGCUAGUGAGUAUCAUCAAUGUCGUCCUCACUAUAUAUCACUAUCAGUCUAUAAAUUCACAGUUUACCAUGGCUUUUAAACACAAUUCAGCAAGUGGAAAAGUUUCUAGCGCUGAUCCAUUAUCUGCAUAUAAUCCAGGGGGCUUGACACAAACCAAAAUUAAAGAAACCCCUCCAAUUGAGUUUGCACAGAAACCAGCACCGUCUGGAACCAUGUCCCGAUUUUUCAAGAACAAGGUUGCCUUCAACCAGGCGAGGUUUGGGACUCCUGAUGGGCUACCAGUUCACAUCAAACUGGGACGUGACAGAAUAACGUUUGCCUUUGCGAUGGGUCUCACAGCUGUAGGGACCAUUUGGAGUUGCUACUCACUCUUUAAGCUUUCCUUCAAGAAAUAGAUUUAUUGGUUUGGAUUUGAAAGCUUUAUUGCUCCUAAAAGUUUCAUGACACAACUCACAACACCUUUGAUUACAAAUAAUAUUGAGUUAAUCUUUACAUUGAAAUUGAGCAUGCUUCAUUGAUAUGUUUGGUUCAGUGAGGAUUGAAGAAUAUUGGUUUUAUUCAGUAGGAGUUCCUUUCUUUUUAUUAUAAUGCUGCUGUUUUGCUAGGUAUGAACUUUGUACUGAAUGUUGAUGGAUAUUUUACUUGGAUCAAAGCAUAUUUAGCAAGUUAUAAACUACUGUUGUAGGCUCCUAAUAUCGUGUCAGUUGAUUGAAGAGCAUCUUUUUCAUAUGAUUCUGACAUUUGGGCUUUGAAGCUGUUGGUAUAGUCCAAAAAAGAAGGAUUUGAAAGUUGGGAGGUAAUCUAAUAUGAGCUGUUUAUCUUCUGGUAAAUGCCCCCUCCCCUGUUCUAUGAUUAUUCAACUAUGCUUGAUCUGAUGAUUUUCAGUUUUUUAAAUUACUAUUGCAAAGUUAAUGCUUGAAUUUUUGUCAUCUUAUAAACUCGCUUGACAGAACUUAAAAAGUUAUGGUCAAUGUCAACAAGACAUGAAAUCCUUGUUGCAUUUAUAUAAUUUUAAAGCCCUUUGAGAGUUUUUAAUGACAAAAUCCAGAGAAGAAGGGGACUUGCCAGCAUAAUCACUUGGCGUUUUCGCAUAGAAAGUUGAAGUAUGAUAUUGGAUUGUAAAAAUGAAAAGUCAAAUACAAGAUCACCUCUCAAUUGUACCUCAUAGAUGUCAAACAAUAUAUUAAACUUGGUUUUCAUGUUUGAUAUUAUUUUUUUUAGAUUCAUCUUACCUUAAAGGUUGGUGUUAUUCAAUCCAUUUAAUUUUGGAUUUAAAAAAAAAUAUUUUUUUUUUGUCUGUACAUGAAGUCAGCGAUUCAUUUGCAAAAUGUUAAACGAGUAAAAGUUUAUUUAUGAUAUUUUGGAAUUUUUAUUAUUCCCUUGAUGAAAUAUGUAUUUCUUUAAACUUAAAUUUUAAUGUUAAUUUUAAUAUUAAUUUUUCUUUAAACCUAAAUUUUAAUGUUUGAGAAAUUUACAUGAAGGAAGUGGAAGAGGCAAAACACGGAAAUAGCAUGUGAUGGAAUGUGAAUCAACACUUCAUUAGGUACUCUGAAAUAAAUUAUUGUUUUUAGUAGGUUCGUUGGUAUAUGCUUGCUCUGCUGUGAGACAUUAUGUGUUCUUCCUAUACAUUACAUUGGAUUUAAAAUCUAUCCUGCCAUUACAAAUGGUUUGAACAAAAAAACAUUGUGAAAAUAUAAAGAAAUAAACCAUUUUGCCAUACAAUAA